AUGUUCUUCAGCUGCGGCGUCAAUAGCACUCAGGCGUCUGCCCGGCAAUUGAUCGUACAAGAGGAAGCUGAGGAAGAAAGUCAACUCAAAGAUCCACCCUCACAAUCAAUCCAAGCAAAUCGUUGCCUUUCUCCCCAAUCUUUACUCAACAAGACUCACUCGAGCGCUGAAAGUUCAGACACAUCAAGAAAAGAAGCUGAAGAAAGGGAACGGGCCGAGCUUAUUGCAGGUAUUUCCGGAGUGAUGGGUGAUCACGAGGACACCCAAAGCACCGGGAUUGGUGGAGAGAUUUACAUCCCGCCAGGCGACACCGGUGAUCGAGCGGGAACAAUCGAGAUACCGAGAAAUUCGGGAGGAGGUGAUGGAGAGCGUCAAUCCCGUGAACCCGACAGCCCAGGCUCUCGCUCUCAUUAUGGAGAAUUCUAUUGGGAUACAAAUGGUGAAACAAAUUACCACAACACGUCAUCGUUCGACGACGAUUUGUUGGAUUUCGACCCGGGAAGGGGAUCGACGGCGGCUCGUUUAGAUCGAACACAAGAUGAUUUGAAUAAAUUCAAGAAAAGAAUCGAUAGCAAUGUCGAACAGCAGAAAGAGUAUUCGGAUAUGAUGCACUCUUUGCAGCAAAAGGUCUCCGAGUACCGCAAACACAUCGCCGAACUCGAGGGAAAAAUGGUCGGAGCUCGGAAGCGUUAUUUGGAUGACGGAGGAAUGGGAUUGGAUCCAUCAAUUUUCGUGGACACUGGAGCAAGUGGCGGUGGAUUCUCGACUGGAGCGACUGGUGGAGGGAUUGGAGAUCCGUAUGGAGGAAGAAGCCGUGUCGAGUUGUGGAGUCCGGCUCGUCGACAGAACAUUAACCUCAACAUUUGGGGUGAGGGUGGAGCUGGUGGAGGGGGUUUGUACCCGAUUGGUGGGGAUACGAAUGCGAAUUUUGACGCGAAACUGGAUGAGGAGAGAAGGAGAUCCGACGAGUUGCGUCUCCAACUCGACAACGCAGCGGCAGUCAACAACCAGCUGGCAAACGAGAUCGAGAGCCUCCGUCGACAAGCACAAGCAAUAUCUCAAGAUCACCAAAACAAGGAACGUGGAUGGAAUGCAAAAGAAAGAAAUCUUUCUCAAUAUCUGUCUGAUGAGCAGCAGAAAAUGCUAGACUUGUGGACAGAGUUGCAACGAGUUCGAAAGCAAUUCAACGAUUUAAAAGACCAAACACAACGGGAUCUCGACAAUCAACGUGCUGAGUUCAAUCGAGUGAUUCGUGGGAUCGAUGGAGUUGCUACAGGCGGUGGAUCGACGUUCAAUCACGAGCUGACAGUCAUUGAAGCAGUCAAGAGAAUGAGAGGCGGCGGUGAUGGAGAUUUGAAAGCAUAUUUGGAUGAAUUGCGAGGGCAAAGGGGUUAUACGGGAAGCUCUGAAGGCGAUGCUGAGCUGCACAAAGAGUUGAUGCAAAAAUAUGAGGAGUCUAUUGAAAGGAAUAUCGAACUUGAGUCAAAGGGUGACGAAUCUCAGAGAAAAAUCGCAGAAUUGGAGGCGGAAUUGCGACGAGCAAAGGAAAAGCUCAACGACAGCCAGUCGGCACUGAAAAAGUUGCACGAAAUGGCGUUGGAUCAGGAAAAUGUGAGAGAUGGAACGGUUCAGAUAAAGAGAUCUCGAUCGAUGUCACCCGGCAAAACCCCAAUCUCACCAACUGAAGUGCUUCGAGCGACAAGGAAUGCUUUUAGAAAUAAAGACAAUGAACUCCAACAACUCGAGAGAAAGCUGAAGAUUGCUGAAAAUCAGGCUAAAGAGUUUAUCGCAAAGUUUGAAACAGCUGAAGAAGCAAGGAGAAGAUUGGACAAACAAUUGGCUGAUGCAAAAAGAGAAAUCGCAAAUCAACAGAAAUUGGUUGAUGAGAACGAGAGAAAUUUGAGGAGAUUGGAGGAUAAGCUGAGAAAUUCCGAGUCGGAGAAGGUGGCAGCCGAAAAAGCGAGGAAAUUCCUGGAGGAUGAGUUGGCUCGACUACAAGAACAAUAUCAAAAAGCGACAUCGGAAGACGCGAAAAGAUUGAGAGACGAAGGAGAAGAACAAAUGAAUCAUUUGGAAGAGGAUUACAAGAAUAGAAUCAGCGAGCUGAAUCGUCGAAUCGAGAACUUGCAACGGGACAACAACAAGUUGAAGCAAGAGCUUGUCCCGCUUAAAGACAAAUAUCGCGAUCUCGAGAGCGAAUCCAAUGCUAUGCAACGCCGCUUGGAGGAGCGCGACGCGCAAAUCCGUUUCCUCGACAAUCUCAAGUCGAACACGCAAAAAGAUUUGGAGGAUUGCCGCACGAAAUGCGAUAUGUUAUCGAGUGAAAACGAGAGAGCAAAUUCGGAAUUGGAAAAUGCAAUCAAAAAGUCGCAUCUAUUCGAACAACAAUUGAAAGAGAUCAAGCAGCAAAGGGAUGACUUCCAGAAGCAAAAAGACGAGCUCGCAAGAAGUCUUUUUGAGAUCAAACAGCGCAUCGAAGAUGAGCGAAAGGCGCGCAAUGAGGCGCUCAAGAAUGGCGAGAGAUCAAAUGACGAGGUUGAGAAGCUGAAACAAGCGCUCGACGAGCAAGAUCGACAGAUCAUUUUGCUCCGUAGACACAACGAUGAGCUGGACACAACGGUGAAGAACAAUCAGGCGAAGAUCGCCCAGCUGGAGAACGAGAUUCACUCGAGGAAUACGGAAAUUCAAAAGUUGAACGAUUUGAAUCUAAGGCUUCAGACUGAGAAACAAGAUGUGCUGAAUCAAAAGCACAAAGCUGAUGCGGAGAAUGACGUGUCGAAGGAGAGAAUUCGAAAAUUGCAACAAGAAGUUGAAAAGCUACAGAAUGAGAUCAAAGCUCUCGAAGCUGAGAGGGACAAAGCGCUGGCCGGGGCCAAUCAAGAAACCCAACGAGCUAAUGCCUUGGCUAAAGAGUUGGCAAACAACAAGCAAGAUCUUCUAGAUAUUAAAGACAAAGCCGCCCAGCUCGAGAAAGAGGUACAAGAGUUGAGGGAUCGUUUGAAGAACGGUGGAAAAAGAUUCGGCACCAACAUCAACAUUCAUGGUGGCGGUGGAUCGAGACCGGGAUCGGUCUACGAUCCGGCAAGAUCCGGUGGUGGAUCGGAUGGACAAAGAGGCGGUGAGGGUGGAGAUGCGGCAAGUCAGACUCCCGGAUCGCCGAGUCAAGGCGGUGGAUAUGUGGACAUUCCGAGAGAGGGAGAGGAUGGAAGAGAUGGACUCGACGGCGGUGUUGGCCCAAGAGGCCGAGACGGUGAACCGUCCAUCGAUGAUGAAAGAUAUCGUGGCGGUGUCGUUGAUCCCUAUCGCGAUGAUGAGCUCACCGAGAUUCGAAUCCGUGACAUAAACGACAAAUGGAAAAUGGAAGUGGAACGGCUCGAGAAUGAGAAAGAAGCUUUGGAGAGAAAGAUACAAGAGUUGCGAGAUGAAUUGGCACAGGUUGGACGCGGACAGGAUCGUCAAGAAAACGAUUUGGCUGAGCUACAACGGAAACACCAAGCCGAGAUUGAUAAGCUGAAGGGUGAACUCGCUGCGCUGCAUGAUAAGCAUUUGAGCGAUCUUGACGAUGAAAGGGAACAGUACAACAAGUCUCUCGAAAAUCUCAAAUCGAUUGAGAACGAGUUGAGGGACAAGAUCAAUGCCUUGGAGAGAACACUGGGUGAUGCGCUUACAAGGGAAAACAUUUUGGAGCAAGAUUUGAAAGAUCGAGAUGAUAAGAUGAAUCAAAUGCACUCACAGAAUCAAAAGUAUCGGGACGAUUUGGAGGAUUUAAGAAAUGAAAUGGAUAAGGAAGUUCAAAAGUGGAAAACCGAAGCCUACACGAUUCGCUCUGAGGCAAAAGCACUCGAGACGGCAAACGCCGGUUUAAAUGCCCAAUUGCAAGCGGCUACUGAUAAAGCAGAUCUCCUCAACAAGCAGAACCUGGACUUAACCUCGAAAAUUCGAGAACUAAAUUCUCAAAUUCGUCGCCUCGAUGAAGAGUUGAGCGAUGUGAAAUCGACGCUUUUGCAGAAAGAUGGUGAGCUGGAAAGUGCGUUAAAUCGGCUGAGAACCCUUGAGGAUCAAUAUGCGAUUUUGCAGAGUGACAGCAACAAGUACCGCUCAGAUCUUGAGCAAACUCAACGGGAAAAUGACACGUUGAAGAACACCAAUGUAAAUUUGGAGUCAGAAUUGUCAAGACUUCGGAAUAAACUCCAACAAAGCGAAGACAGUUUGAAGGAGUUGAGGAACAACUACAGUUUGAUCAAAUCGGAGAAAGAACGCCUUCAAAACGCUUUCCGCGAAAAGGCCAAACAAGUCGAUCACUUAUCUCAAUUGGGUCAAUCAGCCGAGAGUCGAAUCCAAAAAAUGAGAGACGAGUUGAACUCGACCUCAGAAAAGUUGAUUAACUCCGACAAUGAGAGAACGACACUGAGAAAUGAGCUGAACAAAAUGCAACAAGAGCUGAAAUUCGGACUAGAGCAAAUGCAUCGAAAAACGGAUGAAUAUGAGAGCACGUUGAACGAUUUAGCGAACGCGCAUCGAGCGGCCGAGGACGGCCGCUUGAACGCGUUGCAAGAGUUGGAAACGAAAAAGUACGAGAUCAACGAUUUGACGUCAAGAUUGGACAAUGCCGAGCAAAGAUUGCUGGCUUUGCAACAGGAAUAUAUUCAAGCAGAUCAAGAAAGGGAUAUCUUGUCGGAUGCAUUGAGAAGAUUCCAAGCGUCCGCCAAUAGAAUUAUCAACAUUAAUGCAUUUGAUUCUGGUUUUGGAGUGAGGGGUGGAGCUGGAGGAGCGGCAAGGAGUGCAGGAUAUGACCCGAGCUCGAAUACCAACAUUGGCAUUCGCUUUGGUGGUGGAGGGCCUGGCUUCCGGGAUCCGGCUUCUGUCGACAUUCCCCCAGCAGCUGAAGAGGAUUUGGAUUCAGGGUUGCCCCGCUCCGUUCCUUUCCCUGCUCCAGCUGAUCACAUUGAUCCGUCAGCUUUGGAGGCGACUUUGCAACGACUUCUCAAUAGAAUCGAGCAACUCGAGAGUGAGAGAAACUCUCUGCGCGAUGAACUCAAUCGUUUGAAGCAAAAAGCCACCGAUACCAGCACCACUUACAACAAAAAGGAAACCCAUUUCAAAACAGUUGAGGACAACUUGGAAAAUAUUGAAGAUGAGAAACGUGCACUUGAAGCAAAGCUGAAAGCGGCGAAGGAUCUGCUUCAUUCACAAGAGGAGAACUUCAAGCAACGAGAUGAAGAAAGGAGACAGAUGAAGUCAAAAAUGGUGGCUGCUGAGCUGCAAGCACGAGGAAAAGAGGCACAAUUGAGACAUUUGAAUGAGCAAUUGAAGAAUUUGCGCACCGAUCUCGACAACGCUCAUGCCGAUAUUCGCUUGUUAAGAGAUCACGAAGAGCAAUGGGAUACGACAAGAUUCCAAUUGGAGAGCAAAAAUCGAGAGGGUGAUGCGGAGAAUCAACGAUUGCAGCUACAGAUUGCCACGUUUGAAUCAGAGAGACAAAAUCUCCAAGAGAAGAUCAAGCAACUCGACAGUGAGAUGCGCUUAACCGAACAAAAGAUGGCUGAUUACAAGGAUGACAAUGAUAAACUAAAGAGAGAUUUGACAAAGGCUGAGACAUUGGAAUCGGAAUUGAGAAGACAAGUGGAUUUGAGCAGCAAGACGAGUCAGGACUAUCUGAUGAUCAAAGAUCAAUUGAUCGCUGCACAAAAUGAGCUCAAUCAGGCAAAUUUGAGGCGACAAACGAUGGAAAAUGAGCUGUUGAAUUCGAGGAGCGAGUUGAGAGAGCACAAACAGAGAGUUCAAGAUGUGAACUCUCGUGUCUCCGAUCUCCAAAGACAACUCCAAGAUGCUAAUGGGGAAAAGAAUCGUUUGGAGGAUCGGUUGUUGAAUCUUGAGAAACAAUUGACUCAGCAAAGAAGCACAGAGGCUGAUCUCAAGCAACAACUCGAGACGGUCAAGAAUGAGAAGAGACAAUUGCAAAAGGACUUGGAGGAUCUCCGUCGUCGCUUCACGCAACUCGAGACUGACAAGGUCAAAAAUCUUCACCUCUUGGAGAAUUGGAAGAAAGAAAAAGCGCAUUUGAUGAAAAAGAUUGAACUCCUUGAAACGGAUAAGAGAAGAACGGAUACAGCGAUUAGAGAAACGGCACUGCAAAGAGAAGCAAUUGAAAAGAGUCUGAAUGCAAUGGAGAGGGAGAAUAAGGAGUUGUACAAGAAUUGCGCUCAACUCCAGCAACAAAUCGCACAAUUGGAGAUGGAGAAUGGAAAUCGGAUUUUGGAAUUGACGAAUAAGCAACGGGAAGAACAAGAGCGACAAUUGUUGAGAAUGAGACAGGAGAAGGGACAGAUUGAAAAGGUCAUUGAAAAUCGUGAGCGCACUCAUCGCAAUCGAAUUCAACAAUUGGAGGACCAGUUGAGAAUUUUGAGAGAACAACUGGACCAAGAAAGACGCAGAAGAAGAGACUUUGCUGAACGUGGCUUGGUCAAUGACAUUGGUCGUCUUGGUGGGAACACGUUGGGAAUCCGUGGUUUUGGCGGAAACGAUGACACGACGAUCAAUGUUAAUUUGGGUCGUGGAGGGAUCCACUCGGCUGGUGGUGGAUUGGGCGGCCUUCAUCCACGAAUCGGAGGAUUUGGGAACUAUUCGGGAGUGAGAUCAACGUUUGCGUCGAAUCCGUUAACGCCUCCGUUGGGUGCCUCAACACCGACGCAUCGUCAGACUUAUGACCCAAGACCGACCUCAGUGAUGGGAAGAGAUCCAUCGGUGACUGGAUCAAUUUAUGGAGGUCGAGGAAGUGAUGCGCCCAGCACCCGUGACCCCUCAAUCAUCGAGAUUCCGAGAGCCGAAGAAGAUAUCGGAGCUGAGGUGAUGAUCCCGAGAGAGCCUCAAGAGAUUUCCUAUGGAGGGCCGGGGAGUGAGACAUCGAGUAUGACAGGCUCUCGCUACGACACCCUGGGACGUGAUCGUGGCAUU